UGGGGCGGUGCUGCUGUUUAGCUGUCGAGUCACCUCUGUCAAGCGGGAUGGAGGAGCAAAAUGAGCUGCUAUAAUGCAGAAUAACGAGGAGUCGCCCGUAGCCGAGCAUCUUUAAUCGGCACAUUUAGACGAAACCCUUAUUGUCUUUUGCGUCUCUGACACGUUUCAACACCGCUUUUGCCAAAAAUGAUGGAAGAAAUCGACAGGUUCCAAGUGCCUCCUGUCAACGGAGAGACGCAGCCUUUGGACCCAGCUGCGUCCUCCGCUUUAGAGGCACAACCUGACACCAAAGGCGAGAGUGUGGCCAUGAACUACAAGCCCCCACCGCUGCAGGUCCAAAUAGAGAAACAGAGGGACCUUGCCAGGAAGGCCUCGGUGAAGAAUGGCACCGUGGGAAGUCCCGUCAAUCAACAACCCAAGAAGAAUGCCAGGACGAGGUUGGUGGUGCCAAACAAAGGCUAUUCAUCUUUAGACCAGAGCCCAGAUGAGAAGCCCCUGGUAGCACUGGACACUGACAGUGACGAUGACUUCGACAUGUCCAGAUACUCUUCAUCAGGAUACUCCUCAGCCGAGGUGAGAUGUCUGAGGGACCAGCAAAUCAAUCAGGACCUGAACAUCCAGCUCCUGAAGGACGGGUACCGGCUCGAUGAGAUUCCAGAUGACGAAGACCUGGACCUCAUCCCCCCUAAAGCAGUCAACUCUACCUGCAUGUGCUGCCAGGCUGCUCCUUCCACAGCCUGUCAAAUCCAGUAGCCAACCCCCCUUCCCCACCCCGCUUCCUGCCAUCUUUACCUAAGGCCAGUUGCUGACAAGAGUGGCAUCAAGGAAGAAAAACUAUUGGCUGGAAAAGACACGGCGGAGAAAAGCAAAGGUUUCUAAACUGAGGAAAACGAGAAACUGAAUGUGUGCAGAACCUGUGCAUGUUCCUCCUAUGGCAGGAUCUGCGUGUCUUACUUCAGUGUUGGUUCAGCAGGGAUUCCAGGUUUGGCAGAAAUGUUACCUCCAAGAAAAAAAAACCCCGCAACUUUUGCUUCUCUUUUGUUUGAUUUUUCUCAUGCUCGUGAAGUCUCUGGUUUACAAGGACCACGAAGGACUGUGUGACGCUGUGGAAGAACACAAUGGGACAAGAUCAAAUUGGCCACACGACUCUGUGUCACUUGUGUGUCAGCAGACGUCCGAACAGUCUCCUACUGGCGUUUACUUUUGAGUCGUUUACGAUGGACUGAAGAAGAUCAGAACUUCGCUAGUUGACAUUUUAUUUCCCGUUCUUUUAGCACAUCUGCUUUGUCUUCCUUUGUGUAUGUGUCAAACUUGAACAUGACGUGUGUCUAAUCACGCCCAGGAAAAUGGUGACAAACUGUCAAGUUGCUUAUAAAACUCUAUAGCAGCCCUUACUCAACACUAAGGUAGUAAUCGCUCCAUUACACAGAUAAUAUACUGAUACCGGUUUUAUAUUUAGUUAAAGGAAGCUGGAAAAGAUGCAUGUUGCCCGUUU